GUUCCUUGUUCUGCUCUGAGAUCCUUAUAAGGAUGGACUGAACGUCUGAGCGGCAUUCACCAGAACUCUGCAGAACCCUGCGUCUGACUGAGAAAGGAGCUCUUUCAUUUGAAUCCAAGGUCUCCAGUUUGUCUCCAGGAGCUGAAAGAUGCCGCAGUACGUCACUGAACUCGACGUCUCUGUGAACGCCGACGAGGAGAGUCUGCUACGGAAAAACGGCUUCACCAGCGUUCCUGUUGAUCUGAACUCAGGGAGCGGCGGAGACAGAAUCUUCCUCUGGUACAAAACCAGCGACUGCCCAGCAAUCUCCAGGAUCCAGUUUUCCUUCACCCCCGUAAUGGAGACGGGUCUCAUCAAGGAAGGGUACCACAAGGUCGACAAAAACCUCAACGCCGGAACCCGCGGCGGCCCCAUCUACCUGUGGUUCUACAAAGGCUCCACUGCGUACGACGUCCCCAUCGUGGAGCUCAGCGUCUCCACGGAUGCGGGAAGUGACGCCAAAAAGGCCCAGCCUCUGUGGGAGAGGUCGGCCUGUGAUCUGAACCGGGCGGCUGGAGGAAAAUGGAUGUACCUGUGGGUGAAGAGGGAGAGUCAGACCUACAUCUGUGACAUCACCGCCGCCGCCGGCAGCGACGGGGACGCCGAGCUCCUCCGGGAAGGCUACAUCCGGGUGGACGAAGACACCAACAGGGGCGCGGGUGGGGCUUACGUUUUCAUCUGGUACCGACAGACCACCGACAGUCAGAAGGCCGUCAAAGAUCUGCAGGUGUCCACGGACGAGAAGUCCAUAGAGAGCUAUCAGAACCAGCUCUACGAGCAAGUGGACACCAACCUGAAUGAGGGGACAGGAGGAGUCCCGGUGUAUCUGUGGUACAAGACCACAGAGUGCAGCAAAGACCCCGUCAGGAUGGUCACCGUGAUCCUGGACCCGGGCGCGUCGCACCCCUACAUGAAGGCCGGCGUCCAGGUCAUUGAGAAAAACCUCAACGAGAGUAAUUCAGGCCUCAAAGAGUACCUGUGCUUUCAUUAGAGAGAGCGUCCUCGGUUCUGAGCAUGCUCAGUGAGAGGAACGAAUUACCUCAGGUGAUUCUGGUCACGUGACCUGACGUGGGUUAAUAAAGCUGAGCCUCUGACCGUG